AUGGCUUUAGCCGGCUCUUCACUGGACUCAAGCAGAGAGAAGGGAGGUCAUAAAGCUUCCAGACUCGUUAAUGGAUCUCACCUGUGCUCUGGGAGGUUAGAGAUACUUGAUGAUCAGUCGUGGGUUUCAGUGUGUGACGCUGCCUUUGACCAGCAGGAUGCAGAGGUUGUGUGUGAGAGCUGGACUGUGGGGCUCCUGUACAGGUGCUGGGAGAAGAUGCUUUUGGCAAAGGAGACGCUCAGAUGUGGACACAAGAGAUUCAGUGCAGAGGAAAUGAGUCGUACUCGGGGGCUGAGAGGACGCCUGUACUUCUGCAUCAUCAGUGCGGAGAAGCUUGUACUGGAUGUUGAAUUAAUCAAACAGAGAGAGAUGGAGAGAUGCCUGACACUCAUUUUACUGUCUUCAAUUAUAAUAUUCAUCACAGCUGCUCUCUCAGCAUCAAUCCAUGUGAAUGUGCGGUUGGUUGGUGGUCACAGUCGCUGUGCUGGUAGAGUGGAGGUUCUUCAUAGAGGUCAGUGGGGAACAGUGUGUGGAGAUGACUGGGAUUUGCCUGAUGCUGCAGUGGUGUGUAGAGAGCUGGACUGUGGAGAACCUGUAGAUGCUCUGAGCGAUGCUUAUUUUGGACCAGGAUCAGGACCAGUCUGGAUGAAUUUUGUCAUGUGUAAAGGAUCAGAGUCAACACUGAAGAACUGUGCAUCCGGAGGAUGGGAAAAACACAACUGUGAUCAUAGUAAAGAUGCUGGAGUCAUCUGCUCGGAAGUCCGGCUGGUUGGAGGUUCUCGCUGCUCUGGGAGGUUAGAGAUACUUGACGAUCAGUCGUGGGUGUCAGUGUGUGACGCUGCCUUUGACCAGCAGGAUGCAGAGGUUGUGUGUAGAGAGCUGGACUGUGGGGCUCCUGUACAGGUGCUGGGAGAAGAUGCUUUUGGCAAAGGAGACGCUCAGAUGUGGACACAAGAGAUUCAGUGCAGAGGAAAUGAGUCUCAGAUUCACCUCUGUCCAACAUCCUUUCAUAAAAACGGUUGUUCACAUGAUAACUACCAGGGGCUGUUCUGUGCUGAUAAAAAGAAUGUGAGGCUGGUGGGUGGCCACAGUCGCUGUGCUGGUAGAGUGGAGGUUCUUCAUAGAGGUCAUAAACCUUCCAGACUUGCUGCUGGUCCUCACCUGUGCUCUGGGAGGUUAGAGAUACUUGAUGAUCAGUCGUGGGUGUCAGUGUGUGACGCUGCCUUUGACCAGCAGGAUGCAGAGGUUGUGUGUAGAGAGCUGGACUGUGGGGCUCCUGUACAGGUGCUGGGAGAAGAUGCUUUUGGCAAAGGAGACGCUCAGAUGUGGACACAAGAGAUUCAGUGCAGAGGAAAUGAGUCUUAUAUAUCAUUCUGUUCAAUAUCAUCAUCACAGAAACACAACUGCAACAGUGACAAUAAUGUUGGCCUGAUGUGUUCUGGUUACACAGAUCUCAGACUGGUGAACGGCUCAGACUCUUGUUCUGGAAGAGUGGAGCUUCGGUUCCUCAAUGAAUGGGGCACAGUGUGUGAUGCAUGCUGGGAUAUGAGAGCUGCCAGUGUCCUCUGUAGACAGCUGAAUUGUGGGAUUGCUGUGUCUGUUGUGGGAUCAGACUGGUUUGGAGAGGGAAGUGGUGAAAUCUGGGCUGAUGUGUUUGAUUGUGACGGGAAUGAAACAAAACUCUCAGAAUGUUCCGUCUCUUCAUGGAGUCGAGCUGAACGUUCUCAUAGACGAGAUGUUGGAGUCAUUUGCUCUGAUUCUUCUCUGGCUGUUCAUGACGGUCUGGUGCGGUUGUCUGGAGAGAGACCGUGUGAGGGGGAGCUGGAAGUUUCCAUCCAUCAGGUCUGGAGGAGAGUUCUGCUGGACUCCUGGAGUCUCACUGAAUCCUCUGUGGUCUGCAGACAGCUGGGCUGUGGCUCUGUGCUGAACUUCUCCGGCUCCUCUUCAUCCAGUCCUGAACACAGUCAUGAGUGUGUGACGGGCUUCCAGUGCUCUGGGAGUGAAGCUCAUCUGGGGAACUGCAGCUCUCCACACACUCUCAACUGCAGCUCCACACAACAGCUGUCAAUCACCUGCCUUGGUCGCGGGUCCAUCAGGCUGGUGGGUUCUGGGGGAGACUGUGCAGGGAGGCUGGAGGUUUUUCACAGCGGCUCAUGGGGGACAGUGUGUGAUGACUCCUGGGAUAUUAAAGAUGCCCAUGUGGUGUGCAGACAGCUGCAGUGUGGAGUGGCCCUCAGUAACCAGCAGGUACCAGCCUGGUUUGGUCCUGGUUCUGGACCCAUAUGGCUGGAUGAGGUGGAGUGUGAGGGGAAUGAGACGUCCCUGUGGAACUGCUCUUCUCCAGGCUGGGGGAAACAUGACUGUCGACACAAGGAGGAUGUAGGAGUCGUGUGCUCAGAGUUUAAAGAGAUCAGGUUAACUGAGGGCUGUGAAGGGAAUGUGGAGGUUUUCUACAAUGGAUCCUGGGGUAAUGUGUGUUACCAUAAGAUGGACAGAGACACAGUGAGUCUGAUCUGUCAAGAGCUGAACUGUGGAAGAUCUGGUGUUUUGUCUGAUUCUACACCAAGAUUGCAAUCAGCUCGUAACUGGCUGGAUGAAUUGAAAUGUCGACCACAUGAUUCAAACCUGUGGCAGUGUCCAUCUUUACCCUGGGGACAGAAUGACUGCGACAGAGAUGAAGUGGCCAAAAUCACCUGCUCUGAUCAUGUUCCUCUCAGACUGAGUGGAGGUUUGGGCCGGUGCUCUGGGAGGCUGGAGGUGUAUCAUAACGCUGUGUGGGGUUCAGUCUGUGCUGAUCUGUGGGACAUCAGCGAUGCUCAGGUGGUCUGCAGGCAGCUGGGUUGUGGAGACGCACUGAGGGCUGAUGGGAAUUCAGUCUUUGGUGCUGGUGAAGGUGUUGUGUGGCUGAACAGAGUCGAGUGCAGAGGGAAUGAGAUUCACCUAUUUGUCAGUGUCCACUACUCCUGCCACAACAACAUCAGCUUCUCCUCCAGUUUCUCAGACAGUGCGCUCAACAUCAGUCACUCCUCCACAAACUCCUCCAGCAGCGUCUCUCUCUGUGCUUGUGGUUGUACUGGGAGUUUUGCUCUUACUGCUCUUAGUGCCACUGCUUAUACUGGUUCAGCAGAACAGAGUGAUGAGGAGAGGGGGCUGAGAGGACGCCUGUACUUCUGCAUCAUCAGUGCGGAGAAGCUUGUACUGGAUGUUGAAUUAAUCAAGCAGAGAGAGAUGGAGAGAUGCCUGACACUCAUUUUACUGUCUUCAAUAAUAAUACUCAUCACAGCUGUGGUGUGUAGAGAGCUGGACUGUAGAGAACCUGUAGAUGCUCUGAGCGAUGCUCAUUUUGGACCAGGAUCAGGACCAAUCUGGAUGAGUUUUGUCAUGUGUACUGGAUCAGAGUCUACACUGAAGAACUGUGGGUCAUCAGGAUGGGGUAAAAGCAACCGUGAUCACAGUAAAGAUGCUGGAAUCAUCUGCUCAGAAGUCCGGCUGGUUGGAGGUUCUCGCUGCUCUGGGAGGUUAGAGAUACUUGAUGAUCAGUCGUGGGUGUCAGUGUGUGACGCUGCCUUUGACCAGCAGGAUGCAGAGGUUGUGUGUAGAGAGCUGGACUGUGGGGCUCCUGUACAGGUGCUGGGAGAAGAUGCUUUUGGCAAAGGAGACGCUCAGAUGUGGACACAAGAGAUUCAGUGCAGAGGAAAUGAGUCUCAGAUUUCAUUUUGCUCAAUUUCAUUAUCACACAAACAAAGCUGUACCAGUGACCAUAAUGUGGGUCUGAUCUGUUCUGGUUACACAGAUGCUAAACUGAUGAACGGUUCAGACUCCUGUUCUGGAAGAGUGGAGCUUCGGUUCCUCAAUGAAUGGGGCACAGUGUGCGAUGCAUGCUGGGAUAUGAGAGCUGCCAGUGUCCUCUGUAGACAGCUGAAUUGUGGGAUUGCUGUGUCUGUUGUGGGAUUAGACUGGUUUGGAGAGGGAAGUGUAAAAGAUGAGAUCUUCUCUCUAGAUUCCUCUCUGGCUGUUCAUGACGGUCUGGUGCGGUUGUCUGGAGAGAGACAGUGUGAGGGGGAGCUGGAAGUUUCCAUCCAUCAGGUCUGGAGGAGAGUUCUGCUGGACUCCUGGAGUCUCACUGAAUCCUCUGUGGUCUGCAGACAGCUGGGCUGUGGCUCUGUGCUGAACUUCUCCGGCUCCUCUUCAUCCAGUCCUGAACACAGUCAUGAGUGUGUGACGGGCUUCCAGUGCUCUGGGAGUGAAGCUCAUCUGUGGAACUGCAGCUCUCCACAAACCCUCAACUGCAGCUCCACACAACAGCUGUCAAUCACCUGCCUUGGUCGCGGGUCCAUCCGGCUGGUGGGUUCUGGGGGAGACUGUGCAGGGAGGCUGGAGGUUUUUCACAGCGGCUCAUGGGGGACAGUGUGUGAUGACUCCUGGGAUAUUAAAGAUGCCCAUGUGGUGUGCAGACAGCUGCAGUGUGGAGUGGCCCUCAGUAUCCAGCAGGUCCCAGCCUGGUUUGGUCCUGUUUCUGGACCCAUAUGGCUGGAUGAGGUGGAGUGUGAGAGGAAUGAGACAUCCCUGUGGAACUGCUCUUCUCCCGGCUGGGGAAAACAUGACUGUCGACACAAGGAGGAUGUAGGAGUCGUGUGCUCAGACUUUAAAGAGAUCAGGUUAACUGAGGGCUGUGAAGGGAAUGUGGAAGUUUUCUACAAUGGAUCCUGGGGUAAUGUGUGCUGGAACCAGAUGAACUCAGACACAGUGAGUCUGAUCUGUCAAGAGCUGAACUGUGGAAGAUCUGGUGCUUUUUCCAAUUCUAUAACAAGGGUGGAAUCAGCUCGUAACUGGCUGGAUAAAGUAAAAUGUCGACCACAUGAUACAAUUCUGUGGCAGUGUCCAUCUUCACCCUUGGGAAAGAAUGACUGUGGCGAAAAUGAAGUGGCCAAAAUCACCUGCACAGAACAUAAAAGUCUUGAGUCCCCCCUAAGCUAUUUGACAAGGUCUACAUCUCCCUACAAGAGACAGUGUUCAGAGCAUGUUCCUCUCAGACUGAGUGGAGGUUUGGGCCGGUGCUCUGGGAGGCUGGAGGUGUAUCAUAACGCUGUGUGGGGUUCAGUCUGUACUGAUCUGUGGGACAUCAGCGAUGCUCAGGUGGUCUGCAGGCAGCUGGGUUGUGGAGACGCACUGAGGGCUGAUGGGAAUUCAGUCUUUGGUGCUGGUGAAGGUGUUGUGUGGCUGAACAGAGUCGAGUGCAGAGGGAAUGAGAUUCACCUGUGGGACUGUCCUCUCUCCCUGAAGAACCACACUGACUGUUCCCACAAAGAGCACGCUGGACUCACAUGUGCAGAUUUGUCAGUGUCCACUACUCCUGCCACAACAACAUCAGCUUCUCCUCCAGUUUCUCAGACAGUGCACUCAACAUCAGUCACUCCUCCACAAACUCCUCCAGCAGCGUCUCUCUCUGUGCUUGUGGUUGUACUGGGAGUUUUGCUCUUCCUGCUCUUAGUGCCACUGCUUAUACUGGUUCAGCAGAACAGAGUGAUGAGGAGAGCUCUUUCUAAGAGGAGACACAGGACGACGACUGAGGCCGUUUAUGAGGAGAUUCAUCACAGGCCCGUUAACAGACACAGUCACAUCACAAUCUCAUCAGACAACAUGGAUAAAGAGGCUCCAGAGGACUAUGAUGCCAUCACCGAUAUACUCAAUUAUCGCACGGAUGAGACUUAUGAUGAUGCCACAACCAUGAGAGAAGAGAAUGUUGAAGAGGAGCCAAAUGAACAGAAAGAGAGUGUGUGAACUGCCUACAAUUACUGAUUCUCUGGUUUCUUCUUAUAAUCAUUUUAUCAUUAUUAUUUGCUUCCUGGUUCUUUUUAUAUCAGGUAAUAUACUCUUCUGAGAAAAAAAAGGCCCAAGCCAAAAACUGCUAAAUAUUUAGUGGUCUUUUAAUCACAAAUAACUGGUCAGGAAAUUAGCAAGAAUUGCACAAAUAAUGUAGAUAAAAGAAACU